CUGAAAGCCUCUGCUGCCGAGCAUGAUCUGGCCAUGGAGAAGAAUGAGACAGCGCUACUCCGCCAGAGGAUUGUUCAACUAACCUCAAAGAAGCUGAAAAUAGGAAUACCUGGGUUCCUGAUCAAGAACAUUCCCAAGCGCCCGAAAACAACCAAGACCAACAAGCCCUUCUUGAAGACCUGCAAAGUUCUGAAAGCUUUCAAAGCACUAUUCAAGAGAUGAAGGCAAUGCAUACAAUUGUACAUUUGGUGCAAUUAUUCUCAGGACACGGGGUGAAGCAGAGUACAAUAAAUAAAUCCAGAUGCCU